AUGAAUAUUUUAAAGACUAAUUAUUCAGAAUUGGUAUCACUUCAUCAAUUAAUACCUAAUCUUGAUUCAACUACAAGAAAUCAGUUUCGUGGAAUUUAUUUUACGAAAAAAAUGACAACAUAUCAAAUUAGUCAAUGGAAUGAAAUUCUUCAAAGAAAAUCUUUCAUAAAUAAUAAUGAUAACCAUAUAUUCAUCUCUAAUCUUUUAAUGAAUUGCUAUAAUAAAAAUCGUUCAAAUAUACUUUUAACAAAUAUUGAUAUAAAAAAUAAUAAAUCAUUAAAUAAUCCUGAUUAUAUUUCCAAAAAUUCAUUGUUAUCACAUCUUUGUUUAUCAUAUAUCUGGAUUGAACGACGAAAAAUUCUCUCCGAUGACGCAUUAAUAUAUCUUUUAAGUGAAUUUACAUUAAUUGAAUGUUUAACUCGUAGACGACAAUUAUUUAUUCAAUUAAGUGGUACAUACGAAUCAUUUUAUAGUUUACCUUAUUAUAUAAUGAGAAAAUCUGACGAAAAAAAACAAGCAAAUUUAAAAUUAAAUAAAAUGAAUACAAGAAAAAGAACAAUACAAUUUCAUUUACAUGCUACAAAACAAGGACAACAAGCACAUUUAACAGAUUUAUAUGGAACAUUACUACCGACACAUUUAGUACAUUAUCAUGUAUCAAAAUUUGAACGAUUUGAUAUAUAUCAUUCGAUUGAAAAAUCGUAUAAUGGACAAAUGUUCGUUGAAGCAAUGUUUACUUCAGAGUUUAGUAAAACAUUUUUUAAUCAUCGACCAAAAGAAGAAGUCGAACAAAUUCGUGAAAAUCUAAUACCUAUAUUUGAACAAUUCCGAAUAAAUCAUCGUCAAUUCUAUCUUCGUCGUCGAACGCGUUUACCACUCUCCUAUACACAUCAUCAUAUUCCUGAGCCAACUGCUACACUUGAUCAAUUAAUUUCGUUGACAACACCUGUUUCUACUAUACAAAAAUUUAUUCGUGUUUGGUUAAAACAUGUUUUACCAGUGGAACUUUUUGGUUCGAAAUUUAAUUAUAAAUUAUUUAUAUAUCGAAUGUGUUUUUUUAUUCAAUUACCACGAACACAACAAUAUUCCUUAGGUGAAGUUAUACGAAAAUUUAAAUUUAAACAAUUUCAAUGGACAAAAAUUCAAAAGAAUUUACCACCAUUAGUUUGUCAAUUAUAUAUUUGUCAUCUAAUCUAUUAUCUUAUAUAUUAUGUUUUUAUAUUACUCCGAUCGUAUUUUUAUGCGACAGAAGGAUCAUCACCUUCUCAUCCACUUGUUUUAGUAUUCUAUCGACAUAAAAUUUGGUAA